AUGGCGGCAGCCACCGCUUCGCCCAUGUUAGAUAUCGCAAGAAUCGCCACAACCGCCGCCACUGGUGCCGCUGGCGCUGUCGCGGUGACAAUCGCCCCUCCUACGACGACGAGGGGCACGAAGCGUCCGCGAGAUGCCAACCCAGUAGGGGAGAUCUCCUCUUCUCCCUCCAUGCCCUUGCAUUCCGCCCCCCAGAUUCGAUCCGCUAACCGUAAGGUUCUCGCGGUCGCGUCGCCUUUUCUUCCUUCCUCUCUCUCCGCUCCCUCUUCCUCUUUCUCCGCUCCCCUUUCCGCUCUCUCCUCUCUGCCUUCCGCCCUCUCCGCUCCCCCAUCCGCUCUCUCCGCCCCACUCUCCGCUCUCUCCGUUCCCCCUUCCGCCGAGAUGUGCACUCCGCCGACUCCUUCUUCCGCCCCGCGCGGGUUCAAGCGCCGCCUGGCUCCAUGGGACGAGAACGACGAUACGCUUGCGCCUCCCCCUGCCGUUCCGCCGACUCCUAGCUCAGUGCUGCGAUCCGCGCAGUGCCUCUCCGCGUCCCCCCGAUUCCCUCGUCUUGCGCCCCCUCCAUCUCCGCUGCUUCUCGAAGAGGUCGACAGCGACAGCACCUGCAGCAGCCCUGUAAACCCCCACCGCCUUCCGCAAACCCCCCGCCUUUCCGCUCAGCCCACGAGCGCUCCUGCGGAGACGCCCGCGGAGGAUUCGCGCAAGCGCCAGCGCGCGCAGCCCUCACAGGUGCAGCGGCUUGAGGAGGCGUUUCAGGCGGCGGUAGCGGCACAGGAAGGAUCCGCGCAUGGGGAGAAGGCGCAGGCGGCGGGGCAAGUUCUUGUGUCCGCGGAGCGGCAGUGGCAGCUCGCGGCGGAAUUGGGGCUUCUCCCCCGACAGGUCUCCGCGUGGUUCCAGACGCGGCAGCUGGAGUGGCAGGCGGAGCAGGGGGAGGCGGAGCUGCGGAAGAUGCGCGCGGCGCACGCGGGACUGGCGGAGCAGUGCUGCGAAAUGCGGAACGACUACGAGCUGCUGAAGGGGGACUACGCGCAGAUGCUGCUGCACAUUGCAAAGAUUCUCAACAAGAUCACGCAAAUCGAGAAUCUCCUUAACGCGGACGAGAGAAAAGCAAAGCAAAGAAGCCCCUAUGUCCAGCCGCAUCAGACGGGCGCGGAUGAGAACCGGCAGCAGGCGGUUCGAGGUAAUCAAAAGAAGGAAAAUGCGAUGGAAACGGCGCAAAAAUCCGCGCAUUGCGCGCAAACUGCGAUUGAGAUACCCGCGGAAGACAAGCCCCAGUGGGGCUCGGAAUCGCAGCAGCUUGUUUCCGCUUCCGCUUCCGCGGAUACUAUAGGCAGCGAGGGCGCAGCUCCGGUUGCGGAUCUUUCCUCCCCGCAGCGGAGGGAGGUCGAUCUGUCCGGCACGUUCUUGGAUGGUUUCGAGGAGCUUUCGGGCAGCCUGGGCGGGCAGCAAGAUUUUUUCGAGGCUGCGACUGCCGCGGCGGAAGCUCCUCUGAGAGAGAUGGGUCUGGGGGAGGCGCAAAACCAGGGGCAUCUGGCGCUGCAGGCGCAUCAGGUGGCGCAGCAGCAGCCGGGGAAAGCGCAUCAGCCGCGUCAGUUGGGACCUCCGCACCUGGGGAGGUGCAUUAUAAGGGCGCGCGUUUGGAAGAGGCCUCAGGUCAGGAGGAGGUUGGAGCAGGAGGCAAGGAGGCAGAAGAACCAUAUGAGGUGUGUGGGGCUGGCAUGGAUGCAGAUCUGA